AUGAAGGAAAGCAAAUAUCAAGAAUGCCAGUUUGAAGGUGAUUCCAAUGCUAGAUUGUUACCUUAAGCAAUCGAUCACAUUGACAAAAAUUACUCUUUAGAAAAUGAUAUGGUGUUAGGAUGGGUUCCUGCUUAUUAUCAAGAAGAGAUAAUAAAUUUACAGUUCUCAAAUGAGUUGAAUGAUUUAGUAAUUGAAUUUUAGCAACAGAAAGACCCAAAUAAGAUAGUUUAUUUAGGGUAGAGACCAAAUGAUGCAAUGUAAUUUCAUAAUUAAAUCUCAGCAUAAUCUAAUUAUGCGUUCAAAAAUAAUAAAAGUAAAAAAAUCAAGAAUAAUAAAAAUUAAUAUUUAUUUGUAGGAAUGAAUCCAAAUAUUGAUUCUUAAAUAAAAUUCAAUUCAUAAUUUGAAAGUGGAAAUUUAGAUUUAGUAAUCUGGAAAUCAGAAUCUGAAUAUGAUUUAUAUAUGAGGGUUGAUACAAAUACGAAUGGUCAUACACUUUGGUAUUAUUUUGAAGUCACUGGUUUGAAGAAUUAAGAGUAAAUUACAUUUAACAUUUGCAAUUUUCGUAAAAAGAAGUGCUUAUAUGAACGUGGAAUGAAACCAUAUGUCUAAAGAGAAUCUUAAGAGUGGUAGUAAGAAGGUGAGAAUGUAAAAUAUGGGAGUUAUAAAUGUUAAUUUAAAGAUAUAAAAAAAUAAUAUUAUUGUCUGACAUUUACUUUAAUGAAUAAAUAAGGGGAUGACACACUAAAGAUAGCCUAUUGUAUACCAUAUACAUUUAGUAAAUUAAAUACGUUUAUAAAAACCUUAAAUUCACAAUAUAUGGAAUAAUCAUACUUUUGUUGCACAUUAAGUGGUGUUUAAGUGCCAAAACUAACAUUCUCUAAGGGUGGCAUUUUAAAGAAGAAAGUGAUUGUAAUAUAAGCAAGAAUACACCCUGGAGAAUCGAAUUCCUCAUGGGUUAUGUAAGGUUUAUUAGAGCAUUUGAGCUCAGGUAAAGGCGAGAAAUUGUUAGACUAGUUAGUCUUUGUGAUAGUUCCGAUGAUGAAUGUUGAUGGUGUAAUCUUUGGUAAUUAUAGGACUGGUUGUGCAGGGAGAGAUUUGAAUAGGUAAUUUAGAGAUAGCAACAAGAAAUUGUAUCCAACAGUUUAUGCAAUGAAGCAUAUGAUGUCAGAUUUGUAUCAAAUAUAUGGAGAUCAAAUAGUUGCUUUUAUUGAUAUACACGGACAUUCUGCCAAAAAGAAUGCAUUUCUAUAUGGACCUGAAUUUUAAUUGUGGAAUUGUAAUUAUUAUAAAUCAAGAUUAUUUGCUAAAAUUUUAUCUCUUAAAACUCAAAUUUUUCGUUAUUAUUCAUGUCUAUUUAGAAUAAAUGAAUGCAAAAUAAAUACUGCUAGAGCUGUAUUUUGUGAGAAAUAUUAAUUUAUUAAUUGUUUUACAUUGGAGGUGUCAAACAGUAGUUAUUAUUAUGAUUAAAUUACAGUUGAUUUUACUGAAUAGAAACUGAUUGAGUUAGGUUAAAUAAUUGCUGAGUCAUUUAAUGACUUUAUAAUUCAUUUUUAAGAAAUAGAUGAAUUAUUUAGUGAUUUUAAGGAAAAGAAAACAAAAAGAUAAACUAAAAAAAAAGGUAAUAAUUAAUAAAAUGAAGAAAAUUAAUUAAAUCUAUAGAUAAUUUGUUAAAAUUCGAAGUAUUCUAAAUUAUUUGAAGAGAUGAAAAAUGAUUAACCUGAUUUAUCCUUUUCAGAAGGAGAGUCUGAUAGUGAAAGGGAAUCAGAUGAUUUAGAUGAUGAAGUAUUAAAGAAUGUUGUCUUGACAUAAAAUCAAUAAAAAUAAAUCAAAAAUUCUAAAAAGUUAUAAAAAUUAAAUGAUCUGAAAAAGAAAUCCAUCAGAGGUGAUAAUAAUAAUCCAACAGUAGCAAAAAAUACUGUGCUAUUAAGUAGAUAAUCAUUUUUAGAAGAUCAACCUAAUAAUAUUAUUUAAUAUACUUAAAAUUACAGCAUCAAUAGAAGAACAAAGCAAAAAUAAUAUAAAUAAGAUGACAUAAUUAAAGAUAAUUCCCUCCCCACAAAAUAUAGAAUAAAAUCUAACAAUACUCAACAUUUUAGAGGUACAACCGUAGGUAGCUUUUAAUCAAAUGUGGAAUAAAUGAGUAACCAAGAGAAAAAUAAAUCUCCGAUUAAACUGAAAGUCUUAAUACAAGAUGCUUAAUUGAAAGAGAAGCCAGAAUUAAACUGUGAAAUUAACGAGGAAAAUAUGGCUGAUAAGGUGUUUUAUCCAUACAUCAAAAAAUAACAAUAAAACCAGAAAAAUAAUACUAAUAUCCAAUUUGCUGGUGAUCCCUACUCUCCUACAAGAGAUUUGAUUUUUCUUAAUGAAUUCAAUGACAAAGAAAUUUUUUAUACUCACCUUCCAACUGAUUAAAGUUAUAAUUAGAAUAUUUCUGCCAUUUAUAAUAAAUUAAAUAAGAACUUCUAACCUUCUCAUAUUUAAAGAUACAAUAAAAUACAAAAGUUUUAGACAACUUAAAAUCCUUCAAUUAAUUUAAGAAACACUUUACAGAUGUCAAAGUUAGGAGCAACUGAAAAUUCUUAUGGGGUUAGUAUAAAACCAAAACUCUUUGCCUCACUUUAAGUAGAUGAAGCAAUAGAAGGUUAGACAGAACAAUGCAAAAGUGCAAUGAAUUAAUAUUAGAGUACUUCAAUACCUUAGAAGCAGUAAAAACAAUUUAUGCAAUCUUCAUUUUAUUAGAUUUAAAAAAAUUACAAUAACGCAAAAGGUAUGCAAUAAUACCUUUUUUUGAAUAAUUGA